GCUCCCUGCUCUCCUGCCUGCCUGCGCACUGGAUGCAGCGCCUGGGCUUCACCGCUCUCUGCUUGUGCUAGAGCGCCGGGUCUGGAUCUCUCCAGCUGGACACACAGCAGCUUCUCCUGAACUCCCCCACUCUCUCUCUCUCUCCCCGCGCCUGUCCCAACACUUCUGGACUGCUCUGUUCCCCCCAUUCAGAUCCUGCUGGAGAAGGUGGGCUUUACUCGAGCCGCCGGAGUGAGAGGAGCUCUUUACCUGUCCAUCCAGGAAAAAGAGGAGAAGAAACUACUGUGAGCUUCGUGCUGUGGAGUCACUCUCUCUUUCUUUCUUUCGGGAAAAAAAAGAUACGCAAACUGUUCGCGCAGUUUAGCGCAUCUUAUCUGAUCCGUUGAUCGCUCUGAUUAAGGGGGGUUGGAUAUCUUUGGACGGAGGGGGGCUGGCUGAUCGUGCUGAAGUUUGCAUUGAUUGAUUGAUUGUGCGGGAGAUUAGUGCGGGAGAUUGUCCACGGAGAUUGUCCACGCAUCUCAGAUCGGAUAUUUUGGUGCGUAAAAAUACACGCGAAGCAUGGCGACGCUGGCGAGUUUUUGGAUACUGCUGCUGCUGUUGAUGAACGCAUCAAUGGUGAACGGACAGUCGGUACAGAUGGACCUGGUGAAGUCCGGCUUCGUGGGCUCCAUGGUGGAGCUCCGCUGCCAGUUCAUGAACAGUAAGCCCCCAGUGAAGAUCUCUCAGGUCACCUGGCAGAAAUUCUUCAAUGGCACCAAGCAAAACGUAGCCAUCGCCAACCCGGCACUGGGUGUGUCGGUGCUGCCGCCGUUUAAGGACCGCGUGAGCUUCAAGCACCCGGCCGUACGCCAGCGGACGCCAUCGCUGGAGGACACCACCAUCGUCUUCAACAGUCUGCGGCUCUCUGAUGAGGCGGCGUACAUCUGCGAAUACACCACAUUCCCCGCCGGAAACAGGGAGAACACCGUCAACCUCACCGUCUACGCUCGUCCUGUCACCCGGAUGACCCUCACCACGCCCACCAUCAUCGCCCGGGGCCAGAAGCGCAAGAUGACGGUGGCCACCUGCCUUUCAGCCAAUGGGAAGCCUCCCAGUGUCAUCAAAUGGGACACUAAACUGAAGGGCGAGCCCACCUUCCAGGAGACCCGCAACCCCAACGGCACAGUGACCGUACGCAGCAACUACGUGGUGGUCCCCAGCCGUGAAACCCACCGGCAGAAGCUCACCUGCAUCGUCACGUACCACACCGAGCGCUUCACCGACAGCGUCGUCCUCAACGUCCAGUAUGAACCCGAGGUGAAGAUCGAAGGUUUUGAUGGGAACUGGUACCUCAACCGACAGGACGUGAAGCUCACCUGCAACGCUGACGCUAACCCGCCCGUUACUGUGUACCAGUGGAAGCUGCUGAACGGAUCGCUGCCUAAAAACGUGGAGAUCAAAAACAACACUCUGUUUUUUAAGGGGCCAGUGACGUACGAACUGGGCGGGACUUACGUGUGUGACGCCACCAACAGCAUCGGCACGCGCUCCGGCCUGGUGGAGGUUAAUGUGACAGAAUUCCCUGUCUACCCAUCUCCCGAUGGCCGCGGAAUCCCACAGGAGCAGCACAGCUCGGGCGCCGCUAUUGGGGGUGCCGUGGGUGGCGUAGCUCUGCUGGCAGGAGCCGCCACGCUGCUGUUCAUCUUCCUGCGGCGUCGCCAGCGUACCUUCAAGGGAGACUACAGCACCAAGAAGCACGUAUUCGGCAACGGCUACAGCAAAGCCGGCGGCCUCUCCACCCACCCACCAGCGCCCAAGAGCCUGCAGUACCCGGAUGACUCGGACGACGAGAAGAAGCCGGCACAGAUCAGCGGCGGUGGUGGAACCGGGGGUUUCGAGACUGGUGAGCGAGAUUUUGACGGAAACUCGGAGGACCUGAAGCGGCCAUACUUCACUGUGGACGAGGGCGAGAGCCGCGACUACGACGAACGGACUCUCGCCUUCCAGUACGAACCCGAGGCCGAAAUCACUGACGACAUGGUGUCCCAGACCGACGGCUCUGUCAUUUCAAAGAAAGAAUGGUAUGUGUAGUAAGGAGGCAACUGCAGCAGCGACAAGAGAGAGAAAUAUAAAAAAUUACGAGAGAAAAAGUAUCUACAAAUCUUAUGCUCCUUCCCGCAUCUGACCGCACCCCUUCACAACAACGCACCUCCAUCACUAGAAAUCUCCACCCUCCCUCCUAUCCUCCCUUGCUCCAUCCGUCCCUCCCUACGUCCGACCGUUCGUCCAUCCACUCCAUCUCCCUCACUCCCUCCACCUGGUGAAACUCCGCCCCCAUCAGAACCCAUCUAACUGAACAUUAGAGAAAAAGAAAACGAAAAACAAAAACGCUUUGAGAAAACGUUUGAAAAAACCACAUCAACAUCACGGUAUGCCCACAGUACGCUACUAGGUUACCCUGCUACGUCAGCGAAAAAGAAGCGGGAUCAUGGGAUCAUUGACUAAUGCCAAUCACCAUUGACUAUUGACUGGUUGCUUGAAAAUUUUAUGGUGUAUUAUUACCUUUUUUGUCUCAUUUCCUUUGAAGUUAUUCUAAAUGUAUUAAAUGUAUAAAAAGAGACUUUGUAACUGUUUUAGGAUGGGGGUAUUUCUCAUCUUGUGAAAGUCUUACACUGGAUGUAUGAUACUUUUUUUGUUUUGAAUAUGUUUCAAAAAAAGUUCUGGUUUUUAUUUGCUUUUAUCAUUUUUAGUAAGAUCCAGUUUUUUUAAUGGGGUGUUGGUUAUCUGAAACUGUGGAGGUUAAAAAUAUUAGAAAUCCUCUUGUAUAAAUGAAUAGUUACGAGAUAUGUGGUCAGUCGUUUCAGAGUGGACAGUAGAAGACCGUGGAAGCCGUUUCGUCUUAGAGGUUUGAUCUCUGUAGUGCAGCUCUUCAAUCUGUCAGCCAGUAGAGGGAGGAGCCAGAAGACUUUGGCCUGGAUCAGUGGGAGUAGGUGGGGUCUAAAAGCUGCAACAUAACACUUAGCAUAACACACUGCGGAACUGACUCUACCGCCUUUUACGUCGACAGAGAGAGUCCCUGCGAAAGUAUUGAUUCCAACAGCUGGGGUCGCAGGUUUUGGGUCACGGGUUUUGGGUUGUCUGGCUCGACGCUGACGGAAAGCUAAGGGGGCGUGUCUCCGGGUUUUAGCCAUAUGCACCGAACCAUACUCAGGCAGAAAAGGCAGAGACUAGUGUGCAGAGCCAGUCCUGACUCCCUUCCCAUGCUAAUACAGAUGAGACCGGGCCAGUUCACCGACCACUUUAAAAAACGUUGCACGUUGAACAGUAUUCGCGUGAACAAAGCCUGUUUCUAACCUGCAACACCAACACUUGAAAGGUACAAAGGUACAACCCUGUGUAAAAGGAUCUCAAAGCAAAGACUAGACUAGUCUAAAGUCCAAGUCUUGCUUGUCCAAGUCUUUUGGUGAGGCACAAGGUUGGCGUGACCAUUUGUAACAUAACUGAUGCUCUACAGAAGGGAAAAUUUGACGUUGUAAAUAGUAACAGAGUAUGGCUCAGUAUGGUAACUUUUUGUCACAUGCAUUUACGUACGUCCUCAAAACAUGGAAAACUAUAUCCGGACGCUUCGGAUGGACAUCCUGAAGUGUAAUUUUGAAGUAUCGAUAUUUAUGACAUAUCGGAAUUUCAAAACUAGAGCUUUCGGAAUGGUGGAAAUCAUGUCAACAGCCCAUCGAAACGCUGAAAUCAAAGGCUUUUAAAGACUUUUCAUUAUUAUUGUUGUUGUCUGUCAAGGUGUUUUGCUCAUUUCCUUUUUUUAUUUUAACAUCAGACCAAGGCAAAAAUACUAUAGCUCCGCCUACUGGACAUGAAAACAACACUGCCAUUACCACUAUCAACACCACCACAGAUGGGAAUAGAACCACGGAACGAUGAUCGGAACCACUCUUCCUGCUGCCAGUUACUGUGGUUCACACCGUUAUUGCAUCAUAGAAGUAUCAAGUAGUACAAAUCAAGCAUUGUUUUGGGGAGAGUCAUCAAACAACAACCAACAGACAUCAAUCAUCAACAACAACAAAAACCCAUCUGGAUGAAAAGAUACAAAUGUAUACGCCUUAUUUUCUUGUAUGUAUCUACAUUUUUUGUUAUAUGUUCAUAUGUUUUUUUUACGUGUGACCGCAUGUAUGAAUUUUUUUCAGCAUAUUUUUGUAUUACUAUUUUUUAUUUUUUUUUGCAUUCAGCCAGAGCUGCGAUCUUCUGUGCAGUUCUGUCGUGCUGUUCAAGCUGGAAGCCCUGCCAGCAUGAUGGGCACUGGGAUUUGCCGUUGGUGAAUUGGUGGGCAUCUGGCCCACUCUGCUAACACAGUUUUAUCCCCACAGACAAAAACGUUUCUAGCAUUUUCCACAACAUGUUAUUUCCUCUUCAAAAAACCCUCAAUUUAAAUGCAUUUCAAUUCAUCACUGCCUAACAGUGAAAGGCGUAACUCUUUCUGCCUCUAAAGAUGAACACUCAAAGACAAUCUUUAGGGUUACAGAUGGACAAGAUAACCACGCUGCAGAUGAUGGCCACAGAAAAGGGCAAGUUAGCAUUAGCGUUUGGGCUGCAUGGUAUUGGAAUGACAUUGAAAUGACAAAAUAAAUGUCAUUGUAAUAGUUAUUUUUUUCUGUGGUAUAUGUUUUUUUUUUUACCAAAUUGUACCAAAUUCCACCAGAAGUCAAUGACCCAAUGAUAUUGGAUGAUGUCAUGAUCUUAAUUACUAUUCAAAAUUGGAAAAAAAUUGUCCUCUGGUAAAUAUAUAAGUAAAAAUAAUAAUUAAAUAAAAAAAUAUAUAUUUCUCUUCAUCUUUAAUUAAAUUUGCCUUUCAUAACAUUCCACAUUCUGCAAUGUGGCUGUCGCAGUCUCCCAUGUUGUGAUGAUCACUAUGCUGAAACGUUGUAUUGAGCAGCCCUAAUUAUCUCUCAGAUUUGAUUAACACAUGAAUUAUUUGGACCAAUCAAAAAAAAAAAGCGAAAUUAUUCCCACACGAAAAAAAAAAAAAGUUCACAGUCAUUCCUUUGUGUUGUUUCAUUGUAAUAAUGAUUCUAGCUUGUUGGGUGUUCUACGAGUCCUACGACUUCAAGUUUUACAAAUGGCAGUGCCUAUGAUAUAUGUGAGAUGUAAUGUAUUUUUCUUUUUUUUUAAACAAAAUGUCUAAAAAUAUGUGUACAGAAUGUUUGCUCUGAACUGAAAACUAUCUGAAAUUUUUCGAUUUUCUCUGAAACCUUUGUCGACCCUGAAUAAGCAUCUGUUGUACACUCUUAAAAAUAAAGGUUCCUUAAUGGUUCUUGGCUUGGAUACAUAAAUAUAUCAAUAUAUAGUCUUUACAAAGGAUCUUACAAUGUUUAAAAAAAGGUUCUUAAUUUGCACAUAUCAUUUUCCAUCCAGUCUUUUGAAAGGUUGGUUAAUGAACAGAAAUCAUUGCGGUCCUGAUAACUUGGAGACCACCCUGGAGAGUUUAGAUCCAAAACAGAAGCUCUACCAGAAAGACUGGUUUUAUUAAAAUUAAAAUGUACCAAUUAUAAUGUCUAUUUAUGGUGUAGGUCCAGGUUUGGUAACAUCUGGACCCUUAUCCUUGCAGAUUCAGACAUACAUGGAUGGUGUGAGUGGAGGCAAUUGGGCCACUAGGUAAUUGGGCAGAACCAAAUUGAAAAACAAGACUGGUGAUUGGUUUAAAUAUUGAGUGACAUAGAAUUAGGCUGAAACAAACUUAACAUGUGUUCUAACAUUACUGAGUGAAUGUAGAUAUACUUCCUAAUCUGAUUACUGCAGAACAUCAGAGUUUGUCAGUAAUCUGACAGUAAUCAGAUUAUGGGAAAACUGGGAGGAGGAGUCAGGCAAUAUUAAAAUUUUAUCUUUGCAGUCAGCCAAUAAACUCAGUCUCAGAAUAAAAUGUGACAUAAAUAUCACAUAAAACCUAAACUUCACACCACAAGCCACAAUAUGAACAAUUUCUUAGCUAGAAGAUAAAGAUAAAGGUUCAAGGUGCUGCCACCAUGAACAGGAGAUCGCUGGUUCGAAUCCCUGUCAUGCAGCUUGCCAUCUUGCAGUUUGCCGGAGCCCUGAGAGAGCACAAUUGGCCUUGCUCUCUCUGUGUAGGUAGAUGGCGCUCUUUUUCCACAUCACUCCAAAGGGUGAUGUUGAUCAGCACAAGGCAUCUGUGAGCUGAUGUAUCAAAACCAAGUCGCUGUGCUUUCCUCCGAGCGUGCUGUGAUGCUACUCAGCAAUACUGCAUCAACAGCAAUUCAAAAAUCGAAGCAGGCAUGUGCUAGUUUUCAGCCUCCUGGUGUUGGGGCAUUCUUACUAGUGAUAGGGGGAGUCCUAACGAGUGGGUUGGGUAAAACUAGAAGAUGAAGAUUAUUUAAAUCUGUUGAUUGUUCUCACUUAUUUCGACUACCACAGUCUUUUUUGUUAAUUCCUGCAUAGACUGAGACAUCCCAGAAUACUCAGGUUAAGAGUAUACGUGGCUCUCUUUAUCAGAUUUCUUAAUCUGAGUUUACAUGUUUACAUGACCACUUGAGAUUAGAUCAUUAGAUUGCUGCUGCUAAUGAUGAUAACAAUAAACAGAGUUAAAACAAUUAUGGGGGAUGAUAGAGAACAAAUAAGCAACACUAAGAUUGCAUUGCGUUGCAUGAUUAAAUGUUUUAUGACCAUUUUUAAUGUAAUUUUGCGCAAAACAUGAGAAGAAAUUUGACGUAGUUUUGGUCCUUAGAGUCUCCUGGAGGAACUUUUUCUAAAGCUAUUAUUUCUGAUGUUCGAAAGCCCUUAUAAACCUAGAUUAAGGUUGGAUCUGAACUCUUCAGGGAAAAAAAGGACCCUUUUUAACCGAUUUUGGCACCUGUAUUUUUAAGAGUGCAUUUUUUUAUUUGUUCCCUUCCAGUUGAUGUUUGGUGAGCGCAAAAUAUAAAUACUCAAAUAUAAAUUAGUUUUAGAGCACAAUUUUUCUGUUAGUUUGCUGGAUUUAACAUACUGGAUGACACAAAUAAAUAAAUAAAUAAAUAAAA